AUGGCGCCAAGAAUCGAGGCAUUUCCAUUGGAGCUACUCAGAAUGAUCUUCGAGGUCGUACCGAAGCAGGAUUUGAAAAGCUUGCGAUUAAUGUCGCGGGAAUUCAAUCGGGAAGCAUCAACAAUUCUCUUCCGGAGAGUGUACGCUUCUUCUCAUCGGAAAGACCUCGAUGUUCUGUCAGCUAUUGCAAACCAUCCGACUUUGAGCCGCUGCGCUCGCGAGAUCGUAUACGUUGGCGUCUUCUUUUCCCGCGAGUUUACCGAGCAAGACUAUUUUGAAAAGGAGGAAUUCUUGAAGCGUCGCCAGUACCUUGACGGAUUGGAAGAACAAGAUGAAAUGAUAAACAGUGGGCUGGACGUGGACAUCAUAGCCUCAGCUCUGAUUAAGCUACCGUCCAUCCGAAAGCUCAUCUUCUCCAAUCACUGGUGCUUAGAAUCAUCUAACCCUCCAUUGAUGAGAGACUUCCCCGACCGGUUAAUGAGACCCGAUGGCGACAUAUUUUGCAAUAUGGGCCAUCCGACUGAGCCCAUUCAUGGUCACGGCUUCAAGGUUAUGUGUCGAGCACUAUCCAUCUCCGGCCGCGAGGUCAAAGAACUCGCGAUGCACUAUCACAGCGCAAAGGAUAACGGCGGCCAUGAGCCUGAUGAUCCUUGGAACUCCGGCUUCUACUUUGACUCUCUGCCCCAAGGUGCCGGUGAAAUCGAACGUGCUUGUAAUGCUUUCCGAGGCAUGCGCAAAAUUGCAUUGAGCCUCACCUACACCUACGAUGUUCUACUACCUCAACUUUGGAAGGACAGGUGUGCAGGGUUGGCAAAGGCGCUUAGUGCAGCUAAGAAGUUACGCGAGUUGACGCUGAAUUUCAAUCACGAUGGCGGCGAAGAUGUCUAUCACGCCGACGAGUUCAACGAGCUGCCACUAACAGCGGCCUUAACAGCUCACCCUCUGCCAAGUUUACGCACUUUGAAACUACGCCGCAAAUAUAUGCAACAGGAAGAAUUAAUCGCGUUAUUGAAGCCGCUCUGCGCCACCCUUGAAACACUGGAGCUAGCCUCUAUCUAUUUGACAAAUGGAAGCUGGCGAGAAACUGCAAUGGAAUUGCACAAACUCAAGUGGCAGAAGCUGAAGCGGCUAAAUUUUAGCGAUUUAAGAGAGUGCCGUGGCUGGGUGUAUCCUGAAGAUCAUGAUGUUUACGAAGAAGAAUUUAUCAACUGUCUCGGAGUUGAAGACUGCAUAUAUCGUGGCAAUCCAAGCCUGAUAUCCGAGGUCUCCCACGAUUCGAUCAAAGAGCCUGAUCUAGAUCCAACGGAUGAUUACUGCAAGGGUUAUGAGGAUAAAAAUAACUAGCAGUUUGUUGGUCUCGUGGAUGCGGUUCAACAAUUUACUCACAUUCACAUCUCUGGACUUCUUCAAUUAUCUGCCGAAGAUAUUCGGUGUAGGGUAGGCUGGGUAGGGUGAUCAAGUCAUUUAAAAAGGGGGAAAGGAGGUUCAGACAAUGCAAAUAUGAAGGCUUACCUAUUAUAAAAUGCAUUCGGCAAAUCAGGAAAUGAAGUUUUACGCGUCCAUUCUCUG